GAGCAAUCACUUAUGUGUUCUCACGUGUAGUAAAGUGAGGUUAUUUAACGUGCAGUUAAUAGUUCCCAAUAUUGUUUACAGGAUCUACCAACACGUUUAAAGCAUGACUCGAUAUGCAAGAGCUUCGGGUUCAAAGGCUUCAAAUGAAAGAAUACCUAGUGAAGCUACACCAUGGCAUCUAAUGAAACAACAAUUAGUAGAAAAUUUAUCUAAAGGACAAGAACCCCCAAGAAAAACUAAAUCUGCAAAAGAAUUACUAGAAGACAAGCAAAAUAUAUCUUCUAACACUGUUGAAAGUGUUCAUAAUGAUUGGGCAGAAUUUGAAAAUAGUUCUAAGAAGAAAAAUAAUUCCAAGACAGAUGAAACCAAUGAAAAGAAAAAAAAACAAUAUAAUGAGGAGCAGAAAAAUCAAAAUACAUCUUUGAAAAGACAUAUCAAUGAUGUUGAUAAUUCUGUAACAGAAGUAAAAAGCAAAAAACAUAAGAAGGAUAGAAAUCUUUCUGAGGACAUAAAUGAAGAACAUCAAAGUAAUAAAAAAAUUAAUGAAUCUGAUGCAAAUGAAACAAAGAAUAAAUAUAGUGAUUCACAAAUUGAUAGAAACAAAAAUAAUACAUUACGUGAUAUGUCUGAGUCACAGAAUGAGAGAGGUAUCCUUUCCAAACGUCAAAAACGUAAUAUGAAGAAAAAGAACAAAUUCUUCAAUGAAAAUGCUUCUAAUGCAUCAGAACAUAACAAUGAGAUUAAUAUACAAAAUACUGAAAAUAGUGGUGAAAAUGCUGAAAGUAAAGGGAAUAAUGAAACAUCAAGAAGCUUUAAUAAAAACUUUGCAAAUAAGUCAAACAAUUUUAGGAAUAUACCAAAUAAAUUUGGAAUAAAAAACUUUGACACUCAAAAGAAGAAGAGAAAACCUCCUAAAAUUCGAGAUGAUAAAGAACACAAAAGAAGAAAACCAGAUUUAGGUCUUAUAAAGAUGAAAAUUAAUGGUGUAGAAGUAGAAGUUGUAAAGUUUGAUGGUUUUCCAGUUAAAAAGGAAGAUGCAGAUAGACUGAGUGACUUGAAACAAAAAAUGAUUAUGAAAGGUAUCCCAACAAUGGAGAUAAAUGCAGCAAUGAAGCUAGAAAGGAGAAAAGCAGAAAAAGCAUUAGUAAGAAUUAGAAAAUGUGUCUGUUUCCACUGUCGUAAAUCAGGACACAAUUUGUCCGAUUGUCCGGAGCUUGGACAAGAACAAGCCGGUACUGGAAUCUGCUUUAAAUGUGGAUCAACGGAACACACGUACUUCGAUUGUAAAGUUGCUAAACCAACAGAAUUCAGAUAUGCAACUUGUUUUAUUUGUCGUGAACAAGGACAUAUUUCUAAACAAUGCCCUGAUAAUCCUAAAGGAGUCUAUCCUCAAGGGGGUUGUUGUAAAAUUUGUGGUGAUGUUACACACUUGAAAAAAGAUUGUCCAGAUUUGAUUAAAGAAAAAGAGGAAAAUGCUGUUACACUAAAUACAAUUGCAAGUGGUAAUAUAGAAUCCUUAGAAGAAAACACAAAGAACAUAGAUAGAAAAGAUAAUAAAAAAAUAAAGAAAGUAGUGACAUUUUAA